GUUCUACAUUAUCACCUUUUUAAAACCAAACAGUCGAUAUACAGUAUUUCUUUGUAGUUUAUAUUUUACACACAACUAAACCGGAUAGUUUUUGGAUACUUAUAACAGUUCAUGGUAAAAUGUCGCAUUACAAAAUAUUUUCGACAAGUGGAACAUCAGCAUCUGUUUCAUUUUUUGGGAUCCCUUAUGCAGACUUUGACAGAACAGGGCAUUGGGCAGUAUGGUGUAUUUCGAAGAUGUUUGAAGCCGCCCGAAUAAUUGCAUUGUAUAAUGGAUUUCUAAAUUUUACUAAAAUUGAUGGACGAGAGGCAGGUAUGGUGAUUGUGAAACAGCAGUUAAAACUCAGUCCCAAGUUACACGAAAUGACCUUAAAAUCGAAAACUCAGUUGUUAUUUGACAUGGUGCUGCUAGAAGUCGGAAAAACGUCUAUUUUAUAUCGGAUACAAUUCAAAGAUGGGUCCACUAAUGAAAUUCUUGGUGAGAAUUUUCUCAAAUUUGUCAGAAUGAGCAGAAAAACAAGACGACCUAUGGUAUUUCCAGACUGGUUCUACGAAUUGUACGCAUCGUAUAUGAAUUCUUCCGGUCAUCCAGUUUUGUCGAAAGAACCUUUGCCUGAAAUUCCAGACAAUGCAUAUAAAUUCGUUGUUGUUCCAAAUCAUAGUGACACGGACAGGAACAAUCACGUGAACCAAUCAUCAUACAUCAAAUUUUGUAUGGAUGUUGCCACAAAAGCAGCCUUAAGUGGACAUUAUGUUCACUUUUCUGAAGACAUGUGUCUCUACGCCUCCCUUCAAUGGACAAUAAGUUACGUUGGUGAAAGCAUGGCAAAUGACGAACUUAAUAUAUUUACUUGGCAAAGGGAGUAUAAACCAGAACACAUAUAUUUUUCAAUUUUGUUAAAAGGUAGACCAAUUUUUCAUGCUUCAACAAUUUUCGAUGAGGAGGCAAAAGGAAUCAGAAUAGCUUCUAGAAUAUAAAAAAAAAAGUAUAUUGAAAAUUAAAAAGAAUAAAACAAAAUCGUCAUAUACUAGUACUGCAUCAAUCAUGUAAAUGAUCAUUGAUGUUUCGAAAACCCUUCUACAUGAAUAUGGAUCACUGAUUAAGUAAUUCUAACUACAUCUAUGAAAAUACUGUUUAUGAAUUGAUAUGUACGUAAUAAAAAUAUACCUCUA